CUCCCUCUUCAGUUUUCGCAAAUCACAUUCACGACUUUCUAGGGUUCUUUCAGGUUUGGGUUUUUGGCGAGAAUUUUCCGGCGGAUAUGGAGAAAUCGACGUCGGAAUCGACGUCGGACUCACCGACACCCACCGGCGAGGAUCUGAAGCGGGAUUUAAACAACAAAUUGGCUGAGAUUUUGGCUUACGGAAGAGAGAUCGAAGUUUGCUGUGAUGCUGACAGAAACCAUAGAUUCGUGGAAUCAAUUGGUGAUGCUAUUAGACUCCUUCAUCUUCUGAGGGAAGUUGAAUGGGAGAUGACUGAUUCUGAUAUCUCUUCCUCUUCGACAUCUCCAAAAUUGGAAGUUCCGAUCAUGAGCGAACCGGUAGCCAGAGCUUCUGGGCAGACAUUUGAUGAAAUAUAUGUAGCAGAGUGGCUGAAUCGUGAAGCUAAUUGUCCGAAAAUCAAUGAUGUACUCACUCACCAUUUGUGGAUAACGAAAGAGUUGGUCAAGGACUUGAUUACGCAGAUGUGUGCCAACAAAUAUGAGCUGCCAGAACUAUGUGAUGAAAUAGUCACAGACGGGUUCAAAAAGGGUUUUAAGUCAUUGCUUAAGCGGAUAUCCUCAUCUACCUCUCAGAUAGAAGCUGCACUGAUGUCUUCACACAGCAUGGGGGUUGAGAAUAUGGCCACGGAAGAGCAUCUUGCAGUGGAGCCUGUUGCAGAGGAGCAUCUCGCUGUGGAGCCUGUUGCAGAGGAGCAUCUCGCAGUGGAGCCUGUUGCAGUGGAGCAUCUCCCACAGCUACCUUUGGAAAUGGUAGAAGAAAUCUUUGCUCGGGCACCAAUCGAGUCUCUUCUACGUUUCAGAACAACAUGCAAAGUCUUCUACUGCAAAACCUUUGAGACGAAGUACAUCUAUAGACACGUCGACUUGUCUCAAGAAAGGUUUCUUCGAUUUGACAACGUCUUGCAUAUCAUUGAUCCCGUGGCCACCUCUGACAUGUCUAGUGCAAUGCCUGACUACCUUAAACCUGCUGCUUUCAUAUCUACUGCGGUACACUGUGAUGGUUUGUUCCUCUUUCAAAACCGUAACAGCUUCAGGCUAACCCUUUGGAAUCCGCUCUUGAGGAUCGUGUAUUGGAUUCGACCAAUGGGAGUCCUCACAAGCAACGACUGUUAUGGCAUAGGGUAUUGUAAACGAGGAUCUUACAAGAUUGUAAGAAUCUACGAUGCAGACUGGGAAGACGAAUGUGAAGACGAAGUACAGGUGUUUGAAACUGAAACCGAGUCGUGGAGCUAUGUGGAUGCGUCACCUCUUGACUGGAAAGUUGCUAGCUUACAUCCGGGGUUAUCAGUUAAUGGCAAGAUGUAUUGGCUCGCGCGAAUUAAAGGUGUUCCGGUGCCGACUUUCAUUCAAUCUUUCAAUUUCUCGGAGGAGACUUUUACUUCGGUAUGCACACUUCCCCUUGACUAUGAUCCAGUACACACAAAUGCGCUAUCUGUCUACAGUCACAACCGCUUGUCGCUUGUACAUCAAGGCCAGAACACGAGAGCUAUUGAUGUUUGGGUUACGAACCCACUGGCCGAGGAAACUGUCACGUGGAGUCAUGCGUUUACAGUCACCAACCUAGAUUUACCUUGCAUCCGUCCUUAUUAUGACAUGGCCUACCCUGUUCAUAUCCUGGACAGGAACAACACUCUAUUUGUGUUGUGUAGGGAACGUACUAGAGAGCAGAGCGAGGAAAAUGAUGAUGAGCAAGAUGAGGGAAGUCCUCAGAUGAGGUUAUACAGAAUCGGGAGGCAUGGGAUCCAAGAGCGUGCCAACGUUGCAAAUACUAUUUUCUUUGAGCAUCAAGUGUGUGGGUACCUCUACACGCCAAGUCUAGUGUCGCCUAACUGAGAAGUCUGCAGCGCUCGCUGUGACUAUGCUCUACCGGAUCACUCCCUUGCCUUCUAAAAACAGAGCUUUUGUUUUGGUUUACACGUGAGAGACUCUCGGAAAGGUCGAGCUUGUGUCUUUUUGGUGUCUUGGAUCUUUUUUCUUCUUCUGUUUUUUCUUGCUCGUGUAUAGAUUGGAUCAGGGUAUACAUUGAGAAACUAAGACCAAUGUGAGUGGGUUCCACUUUUAGUCAUUUGGCAAGUUGUUACGAAUUGGCAAUUUAUAGUAUUAUUUU